AAUGAACAAAAUCUUUAGCAGACUCAAGUUUAACAUGUCCACUUUAAUUAACGCUUCCAAAGACUUAACCAAAGAACAACAAGCGUUAGCAUCCCAGUUUUCCACCUUAUCCUUGCGGGUGAACGAGAGUGAUUCGUUGGUCACCAUCAACGACACCUUGAGAUCCUCCACCUACUUAUUAGGCAACGAGCUUAACAAGGUAGACUUGACGUUAUUCGACUCAAUUUUGCCCACCAUCAAGUCUUUUAAGCCCGAGGACUUUGUCAACUACAGACACGUUGUCAGAUGGGGAGACUUGAUCCAGAACUUGACUGACCACAAAGACAAAUUUGAAGUCAACAAGGACUUGGAGCUUCCCAGAGAAAUCAAGGAAAAGAAAAAGAAGGAAGACGCUCCUAAGGCUGCUCCUGUGGCCUCUACCAAGCCAGAAGCACCAAAGAAGCAAGAUGCCGACCAGAAGGAUAACAAGAAAGAAGUGACGGAAGAAGAAAAGAAGGCUAAAGCUGAUGCCAAAAAGGCUGCUAAGGCUGCUAAAGCCAAGGCCAACGCCGAAAAGGCUGCUGCUGAAAAAGCCGCCCAAAAGCCUCCAAGCCCAAGUUUAAUCGACUUCAGAGUGGGAUUCAUCCAAAAGGCCAUCAAGCACCCCAACGCUGAUUCUCUUUACGUUUCUACCAUUGACGUGGGUGAAGAAGAACCUAGAACCAUCUGUUCAGGUUUAGUCAAGUACAUUCCUUUGGAACAAAUGCAACAAAGGUUUGUCAUUGUGGUGGCCAACUUGAAACCUGUGGCCAUGAGAGGUAUUAAAUCCAAUGGGAUGGUAUUGUGUGCUUCCAACCCCACUGAGGUUGAAUUUCCUGGUGACAAGUUGUUCUUUGAGGACUUCAACGGUACGCCAGAGAAGCAAUUGAACCCUAAAAAGAAGAUUUUUGAAACCUGUCAACCACUCUUCUCCACCACCGAAAACUUUGAAGUCACUUACACGGAAGAAGGCCAGGAACCAAAGAAGUUGGUUAAUGAGAGAGGUGAGUUGUGUAAGAACUCAACUCUUGUAAAGGCAGAAGUGAAGUAGGGUGAAUCACUAGUCUGGAGUCAGUAGCGUGUAUGUAGUUAAUAACAUUUAUUAGUUAUC